GCGCCGAGCCGAGCCGAGCAGACCGGGGGAAACGAACCCGGCCGAACCGAGCCGCCGCCAUCCACUCUCCCGCCGGUGAUGCACGGUGACCGGCAGGCCUGAAGCCGCGACGGGAACCUGAACGCAGCACCCCCACCAGCCCCGUUAGCCCUCCCUCAGUUUGCGUCACCGGCUGCUCGGUUCUGAGCCGGUUGUGGUUCUGCUGCAGCAUGGAGCGCUCCGGCAGCAUCCAGCUGGAUAUCCCAGACUUCAGUAACUCGGUCCUGUCUCACCUGAACCAGCUGCGCGUUCAGGGCCGCCUCUGCGACAUCGUGGUCAACGUUCAGGGCCAGAGCUUCCGCGCCCACAAGGUGGUCCUCGCCGCCAGCUCGCCGUACUUCCGCGACCACAUGUCUCUGAGCCAGAUGAGCACGGUGUCGCUGACGGUCAUCCGGAACCCGUCUGUGUUUGAGCAGCUGCUGACCUUCUGCUACACCGGCCGCCUCUGCCUGCAGCUCGCCGACAUCAUCAGCUACCUGACGGCGGCCAGCUUCCUGCAGAUGCAGCACAUCAUCGACCGCUGCACGCAGAUCCUGGAGGGCAUCCACCUGAAGAUCAGCCUGGCCGACCUGGACGAGGAGUCCAGGGAGGACGAGGUAAGGGGCCCCAGGAGCAGCAGGACCCUGGAGGCCGUGGUGCGGGGGGCGGGUCACCACGGCGGCCUGCGGCUGCUCGGCCCGCGAGGAGCCGGCGAGGCGUGCGAGGCGGUCAGCCCGGCGGAGGAGCCGCUCAGCCCGCCGCCCGCCGUGGAGCCCGGGGCCGCCAGCAGCCGAAGCAAAGAGCCCAUCCUCCGGAUAAACCGGGCCGGCCAGUGGUACGUGGAGACCAGCAGCGAGCCGGAGAGGAGCGGCAGCGCCGAGGAGGGCGGGGCCGCGGACGGAGUGCGGGUCAAAACCGAGAGGAUGGAGGAGUGGAUCGGAGCCGGGGAGCACCAGGAGGAGGGGGGCCCGGUGGAGGAGGGGACCACCGUGAUGAUCGACACGUCUGGACGCAGCACGCUGGUGACGGCGCCGCUGGGGGCUCGCGGCGUGCAGCCGUCCUCCAGCUUCAGUGAGACCGACAGGUUCAGCCCGACCGGCAGCGUGGUCGUCCUCACGGAGCGGCAGAGGGCGAAGAGCGAGUCUCCGAGCAGGGCGGACGAACUGCGGCAGCCCAGCUCACAGGGUGAAGAGCAUACAGCGUUUGAUAUGGGUGGAUAUGAGGAAUACCUAAGGGAGCAGGUCGGAGACCGCUGGUUCCGCUACAACCCUCGGCUCACCUGCAUCUACUGCUGCAAGUCCUUCAACCAGAAAGGCAGCUUGGACCGCCACAUGCGUCUGCACAUGGGUAUCACGCCGUUCGUGUGCCGCAUCUGUGGGAAGAAGUACACCCGCAAAGACCAGCUGGAGUACCACAUCCGCAAGCACACCGGCAACAAGCCCUUCCACUGCCAUGUCUGCGGGAAGAGCUUCCCCUUCCAGGCCAUCCUCAACCAACACUUCCGCAAAAACCACCCAGGUUGUGCCCCCCAAGAGGCCCACAGCGCCUCCCCCGAGACCACCACCGCCUCCGUCACCUCCAGGGGAGGCCCCAGCGACGAGGCCUCCCCCAGCCAAGAGGAGCCCGAGGGCGGAGGGGGUGGGAGCAGCGGCGGGGGAGGCCAGUACGGAGAGGGUCCCCAAGCCUCCGUCUCCACCACCGGGCCCGACUGACCUCACAGUGAGGUGGAGGCUAGGGUUGAGGUCAGGGUGGAAGGUGACAGAACCAAAGGGCCAGUCUGAUCCUGUUGCACCUGAAGCUAACAGGAAGCUGAACCCCCGGAGGUCAACGGACACCCCAGAGUCCGAACCGAGAUUUUUCCGCUUUAAACCGCAUCUACCUUCACUAACCAAACAGAACAGAUUAAGCUACAAUGAAGAAACUCCACACACUCCAACAACCUCAUACACCACACCGUUCAGUGGUUCUCGUUUGCCUCCGUUUAGUUUAUGUUUCAGAUUUCUACUUUUGUAUCUUCAGGUUCACAAAGCAGCAUCACAACCGUCUGUCUAUUGGAGACUUUGCCAAACUACUCAGUGCCAGUUUACCGGUUCAAAUCCUUUGUGUUUGCCUUGAGACAAUCUGGAGCCGUCAGGUUAAAGGUAAUAACAAUAAAAAUCCUUGCGCGAAAGUGCCACACAGGUCAAGGUAGAAGAUUCAGAGAGAAAAUUCAGCUGCAAAAGUUGAAUUCCAGUGUGAUCGGAUGUCAAUUUGAUGGAUAAAGUCUGAUUUCACAAUUUCACACUACGUACCUCAUCGUAUAGGACAUUUUUGCUGUCCUCAGAUUUACAUGGGACAUUUUUCUCAGUUUAUAAAAGGGCAAGAUGUUGACUUCAAAUAUCUCGAUCUGUCAGAAUUUAGGAACGUGUGACCUCAUUAACGGCAUAGAUUUUAAAACUUUGUUUAUAAUUUAGUUUACAAACCCAUCUUCAGUAUCUCAGAGGUCUGCUGCAACCAGGCAGUACUCCAAGUAUUUCACUAACAGUCAUGUCAAAUUGAGAAACCAACAAAUUUAAGAUCCAAACCAAUCCAAAUCUGUUUUCCAUUCUGUGGUAACAGAGUUGGCCGUCAAUUAUCAGUUAUCAUUUGUGAUUUAUCAAAUUCACUUUUGACACUUUUCUUACUUUUAAUUAUGUGUAUUUCUCUUAAUAAUGAGAAAAAAGUUGUAUAGUAAAAAACUAAGGAUGGCUCUUUAAUAGCUAGUUGUAAUUUAUUUGGCUACAUGAUUUUGACUUUCCUUAAAACAGGUCCAAACAGAAAGAAAUGUAGAAAUUAAUAGCAAACAAGGAAUUCUGGCUUUAGGUCUCAUAAAGUGGCCAUUCUUUCUUGAAAAACUCUUAAAAAUUGUUCAUGUCAAAUGUUUAAUAUGAGCUAAAUAUGUAUUAGAAAAUGUUUAAACUUUUAAAAAUGGGACAUUUGAAGACAUCAUCUUGAUAGGAAGUCCAAUCACACUGGGUUAGUUAAAUUGGCUGUAAACUGUGGAAGUCUUUCAGAUGAACUGUAGAGUACUGGCAGUGUUACGUUCUUAGGAUCUUAUAGACUAGAGUGGAUCAGGAUGUUGACUGAACAAAUUCAUGGCAGGAUAACAGGACAGUGUAUAACCUCAGAUAAGCUACAAAGCUCAAUUACCUCUCAUCACUACGCAAUACAGCUGCUGCACAGCACACCACCACCGGGGGGGCCCAGCCCCACUCACACAGAGAUCACCGUCAGUUUUCUCUUAUAUUUUUAUAAACAAGCAUGACUAUUAUUUUCUUUUGUUAGUUUUUCUCGUGAGGUUUCUUGCUCUAACAACGUGUGAUGGAGAGCAAAAGCUUAAAGCGGAGGAGGCAUCGUCUAGACCCGAUCAAAUCCAUCAGGCAUUAAAUCUACUGCACUCAACCCAAAACGUCUUCUUACAGUUUAGCUAAUGCACUAAUAAGUUCACUGCAGUACAGGAGAUACACCAUGCUGUUAACACCAUAAGCCAAUUAUUGAGAAGUUUCCCCUGUUUCCUACUUUGCUUUUCUGGAAUUUGAGUAAUGAAUUUUGGAUUUUGGAAGUUUGAUAACAAUUACGGCAGGUUGGCAGGCUCUUGGCCGCUGGCUGUUAUGAUUAAUGUACCCAUGUUCACAAAGAUCAGUGCUUGAAAGCAAAGAUUAUCACUGCUAAUGUAGCUAACAUUUUUCACUACUGCUGAUGAACUGAUAGUGGCAGUUUACCAUCAGGUAAUGAUUAUUAUACUUAUUAAAACUGACCAUUUUCUUACACACCAAUUGAUAUUGACUGAUAAAUAAAGAGAAUCUGAAUGUUAAAACUCAGAAAAUUAAGAUAAAAUGCUAACAUAUAUUUUUAUCUCACAAAUUAUAUGCUAAUUAUUCGUGGCUUUUCCUCACUGGCUAACUAACUUGACAGUUAUAACAUUUUUGGAUAAUGUUUUUUUUAUUUUUUUAUAGUUAACAUUUAGUUAAAUUAGCCCUGUGACUAAACUUUUCAUAACUGACUAGUUGGCU